AUGUCUACCACGUUUACAGUCUUCAAAGGGUCUCCUACCAAGAAAAUCAUCGAAAGCCAGACAACGGUUCCGGCCUUGCUCAGUAACCAGGUUCUGAUAAAAAAUACUCAUUCUGGAGUAUGCGGUACUGAUGCACACUACCUUAACGCUGAUAUUGUUUUGGGACAUGAGGGAAUUGGCAUUGUUCAAGCCGUAGGCGAUGGAGUUAGUCUUGUAAAGGUCGGCGACCGAGUUGGCUUCGGGUUCGUGAAGGAUGGAUGCAAAAAGUGUCAAUAUUGCUUGACAGGUCAUAAUUGGCACUGCAUUGAGGGUGUUCGCGGAUUCGGUUUCUCCAAUUUUGAUCAAGGGUCCUUCGCAACCUACAGCGUGUGGCCAGAAACUCGGCUGGCAAUAAUUCCUGAUGAGAUGCUCAGUGUCAACGCGGGUCCAUUCAUGUGCGCUGGGCAGACCGUCUUCAUCCCAUUCUUGCGGCAGGGUAUUAAACCAUCCGAUAUUGUUGGUAUUGUCGGCAUCGGCGGCCUAGGGCAUCUUGCCAUUCAAUUUGCAGCUGCUUGGGGUUGCACCGUUGUGGUAUUCUCUAGCUCAGACAACAAGAAACAAGAAGCCCUCAAGUUUGGCGCUACUGAAUUCUACAGCACUUCAGAUUUGAAAGCUACAGAUGUCCCAAAGAAGAUUAAUCAUCUGUUAGUUACUACCAGUGCUGUCCCUGACUGGAAGCUGUACACGGACUUGAUGGCACCAUUCGGGCACAUAUACCCACUCACCAUUUCAGAGGGCAAUCUAGAAUUUCCUUACAUGGCAAUGAUCGGAAAGGAGCUAUCAAUCCACGGUAGUUGCUCUUCCACGCCAGAGGAAGUCAAGACAAUGCUCCAAUUUGUAGUGAAACACAACAUCAAGCCUACUAUUGAGCAAUUUCCAAUGACAGUGGAGGGAAUCACAAAUGCGUUCGAGAGGUUGGAGAGCGGAAAACUGCGAUAUAGAGGUGUACUUGAGGCUUGA